AUGAAAGGCUACGUAUUUGUAUCUAAAUGCCUCAAUCUUGCGGCUCAAAUAGAAGCAUUCUUGGCAUCUGCACGGCACAACGAAAUAAUGAUCGAAGUCUCUAUCCGCCUCCGCCACGCCAUCCUCUCCGGUGACCUCCUCCUAACCAAACGCAUCCUCAAGAACCACCCCAACGCACUCUACAACCCCGACCACGCCGGAAACACCUCGCUGCACCUCGCCGCCGAAAAGGGCCAUCUCACCAUCGUCCAGCACCUCGUCACCGAGUCCCACCACGAGGACGCCGGCAUCUCAAAGAAUGCGGUCAGCGACACGCCGCUGAUGCUCGCGGCGGCCGGCGGCCACGAGACCGUGGUUAUAUUUCUGGCGGGCGCCUUUGAGCGCUGCAUUGACUGGCGGAACAAGGCGGGGCUGACGGCGAUGAUGCAUGCGGCACAGAAGGGGUGGGACGAGGUUGUCAAUACAUUGAUAGACUUGGGCGCAGAUAUCGACAUGACCGAUGCGCUGGGCAAUACCGCACUACAUUUCGCCUUCGCCUACGGGCACCACAAGACCAUCAGCACGCUCGUGGACCGGGGCGCAACAACGGAUAAGCGCAACCGCCAGGGCUUCAUCCCGCUGGACUACUCGUACAACAUCCAGGUCGAGCAGUACUUUGAGGGCGUCGUUACCGACAAGCGCUAUGUGGCCGAGCGGGAGGCAACACGCAGUAGAGCUGCGACGCCGAUCUUCGGGAGGAGUGAGAGGACUACGACGCCGCAGAGGCAGAGGGCUAGUAGUGGCUCUUGA